CACCAGCAGUAAAAAUUUAAAUAUUUUCACGUUUUUAACGCUUAGCUAUUUAAGUUGUUCACUUCAUCUGGAUUGAACGUAGUUGUCAUCACUGCUUUUUCAUCGCUAUCAAAAGAAACGAUAAAAAAAAUUAACGGGAAAAAAAAAAAACGGGCAAAAAAACGGUUUCAGAUUUUAUCGCGCUUAUUUGAACGCCAUGGAAUUUUCAGCGUUGUUUAGGAAAUUUAAAUGUCCAAGGAAGCGAGUGCCGUGAAACAGGGGAGCAAAUUUUAUCGCAAAUUUGGAAGAAAAACAUGCCGCAUUCGUUCCUCUGAAAACGAUUUGUUGAGACUGUUGAUUGAUUAUUUGGAUUGAAUUGAACCUGAAAUGAUCACCUUUAUUUAUGUGUUCAAAGAAAACACUUUGUCCUUAAUAGGGGUUGGCCAGAUUGUAGAAGGUGCUGCAAUCUUUAUGGACUUAAUGGCAGAGGUACAGAAGAUUUUCUCCAUAAUUGUAAUUGAUGAUGAUUCACAAGAUGGAGAGGAAGAUGAAAAAUUACCUUAUUUGAUUCCACAAAGGGAAAAUCAAUCUUUUCAUUACACACGCAUGAUUUUGCAAAGCACAAUUCAGUUGAUGGGUUGCAAACCACGACAUGCUUUCAAGAUUAGUAGGAAGGUCUUUGAGGUCAUGGGGAAUGAAAUUCCUGUCAAGGGCAGUGUCAUUGAGGAGAAUGGAAGUUCAUUAAUGAACUCUAACGAGUCUUUUUUCGAGGCUGGAGAAGAUAACUUAAACUGCAUUGCACAUGAAAACCAGAAGGAAAGAGAAUCCACUGAGAAGGAUGAAGACAGGAAACAAACCUUAUACAAGAAGCGGAUUUCAGUUGUAGUGACAAGGGAGAAAUUUUUGGAUGUUGUUUGUGAUUCUCUUGCUGAAUAUCGUUACGUGGGCCCAAAUCAAAGAGCUGACUUCAUUGUGGCAUGCAGACAACGAGAGCGAAAGGAAUCAUUGACUAUUUUGCUUUGUGGUACAAGUGGAUGUGGCAAGUCAACUUUAUCUUCUUUAUUGGCUAGCAGACUUGGAAUCACAACUGUUGUUUCAACGGAUUCUAUACGUCACAUGAUGAGGAGUUUUGUAGAUGAAAAGGAAAACCCUUUGUUGUGGGCCUCAACUUAUCAUGCUGGUGAGUGUUUGGAUCCAGUUGCUGUAGCAGAAGCAAAGGCCAAAAAGAAAGAGAAAAAAAUUUCAGGACAGCCUGGAAAUGACCAGUCCACUAGCAGAGAGGCAAAAGCUGAUUACCAAGCUGAUAGUUAUGUAGGCAGUGAGAUUGAGAACAAAAAGCAAAUGAUAUCUGAUACUUCUGCAAAUGGAGAAAGAUUUGAGGCUAAUCUUAGUGUGGAAGCUGUUGGAUCCAAAGCUAUGGCUAUUGAAGGAUAUAAGGCACAGAGUGAAAUGGUGAUUGAUAGUCUUGACAGGUUAAUUACCGCAUGGGAAGAAAGGAAGCAGUCUGUUGUUGUUGAAGGAGUGCAUUUGAGCUUGAAUUUUGUGAUGGGGCUUAUGAAAAAACAUCCAUCAAUCAUACCAUUUAUGAUCUACAUUGCAAAUGAAGAUAAGCAUUUGGAGCGUUUUGCUGUUCGUGCAAAGUAUAUGACCUUAGAUCCUUUAAAGAAUAAAUAUGUUAAAUACAUUCGCAACAUCCGUGCAAUUCAGGAUUACUUGUGCAAAAGAGCUGACAAACAUCUUGUUCCAAAGGUCAAUAAUACUAAUGUGGAUAGAAGUGUGGAUUCCAUACAUGCCACAAUCUUCAGUUGUUUACGUAGGCGAGCAGGAGGUGAACACCUUUAUGAUCAGGCAACAAAUACUGUCAAAAUUAUAGAUGAAGAGUAUCGUAAUCGAUGUACAGCAGCUUCUCUUAGCUCAAAGGGUAUGUUUAAGCUUAUCCAGAGACGAGGGUCCUUCCGACGUCUCAUGGCAUUUGUAAAUACAGAUGGAUCUGUGGCAAAAGCUUGGCCAGUUGAUACAGUAGAUAGUGAAGGUAAACCUGUUUCAAACCAUGGAAGUGUUAGUUGUAUUGGAGAUCCCAUGUAUGGACCUUUGGAAGUUGAGAAAGAAGAACCAGUUAACCUCCAGUUUGGUAAUUUUGGUAUUAGUUCCUGGCAUAACGACACAGGUGGAACGAGCUAUGCCAGCAGCAUCGAUGGUAAUGAAGUAAUCAGUCAUUAUUCUUCAUAUUCAAAUUCACCCAGGCAUUCUGAUGGGCCUGCAAAGGAGCUUACUGAAGAACUGCCUGUACCGGGCAGUGAUGAAGAAUUAGAUGAAGCGCCUCCUGUUGACACUGAAGACGACCUCAGUGAUUCAGGCAUCCAGCAGGAAGAGUUACAAGGCUCUGUUGAUGAGGGGUCUGCAAGAUCAGAUGAAGGAGAUGAUCUGGCCAAUUCUGAUGAACAAGAUUGUGCUUAUUGGUCAGAUAAUCCAGAAGGUGAACAAGCUAAAAAAUAUUUAGAGAAAUAUGGACUUGAAAGAAUAAGUUCAAAAGUUGUGCCGCUUAAGACAUGGAAGAAGCAAAAUUCUUGCAAUAAUAUCCAUUUUUUUGAUAUGACUUGCAAAUCUUUUAUGUCCGAGUCAGAUACCUUAAGUAGAACUAUUUUGAAUGAUUCUUCAUUUCAAAUUGAAUACCUUUCGACUAGUGCAUCUAUGGCACCUUGCAGAACAUCAACAUCCCAUACUGCAGAGCACCGCAAAGUUCCUAGUCGAUCUCAAAGUCUCCCUUCCUUUCAAAGUAUAUCAAAAACCGCUUAAGACAUGGAAGAAGCAAAAUUCUUGCAAUAAUAUCCAUUUUUUUGAUAUGACUUGCAAAUCUUUUAUGUCCGAGUCAGAUGCCUUAAGUAGAACUAUUUUGAAUGAUUCUUCAUUUCAAAUUGAAUACCUUUCGACUAGUGCAUCUAUGGCACCUUGCAGAACAUCAACAUCCCAUACUGCAGAGCACUGCAAAGUUCCUAGUCGAUCUCAAAGUCUCCCUUCCUUUCAAAGUAUAUCAAAUUAUUUAAUGGAAUGAUUUCAAGUGAGGCUUCAAGUAGUCUACGUUGGCCAUAAAAUUAAAUGCUUUAUCUAUGGGAAACUUCUUUGUAAGCGAAUCAUGGUUGGCAUCAUUUUUCAUAGGUAAAAAUUUCUAGUUAGCUCCAUAAAAUGACAUUUUAAUACUGGAUUCUUAGCAAUUGCAUUCAUCUUUCAUGUCUUCUCUUGAUCUUAGCCACUUUUCUAUGCAAGAUAAUAAUUUCCCUCAGAUUGCCACCAAAA